GCUGUGUGACUCCUCGCCUGCUAUGGGACAGCCUGUGUUUGGACUGGACGUCAGACUGCAUUGUGUUUCAGCAAACGUUGGUCGGACGGGCCCUUCCACUUGGUGAGGACUGAAGUUUCAGACACAGGAGAGAAGUGACAGAGAACCACCUGUCUUUUGUUGGUGACCCGGAGAGCUCAGCAGUGGACAUGGCCUUUCCCAAGCAUUCCAUCCUGCAGGCCCUGAGUGUGCUGCUCUUGGCCUGGGUGUUGGUGCGUUGCCAGGCCCCGAUCGCACUGGAGGAAGAGGAGGAGGAAGAGCCACUGAAGGAGACCAACAUCGCAACAGUGGUGACGAAAUCAGAGCCUUUUGAAUGUCCGCCCGAGUGCAGCUGUACGGCAGAGGGGGCAGUGGAUUGCGCCGGUGUCGACCUCACAGAGUUUCCCGCUGGGCUGCCGGAUAAAACUCGCCAGCUCUCUCUGCAGAACAACAAAAUCGAGGAGAUAACAGUGGAGCACAUUUCUCAUCUGCAUCAGCUGGAGACGCUCAACCUGCAGAACAACUGGCUCACCACGGAUGGCCUCGAAGAUGAAGGGUUUGAGAUGCUUGAAGAGCUGGCUUAUUUAUACUUGGCAAAUAACAAGCUCACCUCGGCACCGAAAGUCCUCCCACCCUCCUUGGUUAGCGCUGAUUUUGCUGCUAAUCAGCUCACAAGGAUCUACCUAUACACAUUUGGCCAGAAGCCAAAACUGAAGUCUGUGUAUCUCCAUAACAACAAGCUGACUGAUGCAGGACUUCCUGAUCAAAUGUUCAAUGGUUCUGAUAGCCUGGAGAUCCUCACCAUGUCCAGCAACUUCCUGCGGGUUGUCCCGAAGAAUCUGCCCUCCAGCCUUUACCGUCUCCAUCUGAAGAGUAACAAGCUAGAGAAAAUCCCGGCGGGGGCCUUUGACAACUUGCGAAAUCUCAGAGAGCUGUACCUCCAGAACAACCUCCUCAGCAAUGAAGGCAUGGACAACGAGACUUUCAGCCAGCUGAGCAGCCUGGAGUGUCUGGACUUGUCAAAUAACAACCUGAGUGUCGUUCCCAAGGGUCUGCCUCGCAGUCUGGUGCUGCUACACCUGGAGAAGAACUCCAUCCGCAGCAUCCCCGGAGACGCUCUUACUUCUGUCCGAAACCUGGAGUACCUGCUGCUCCAUAAUAACAAGCUCCGCUCCCGCUCCAUCCACCCGGCUGCCUUCAUAGGCUUGAAGAAACUGCACACUCUCCACAUGUACAACAACUUGCUGGAGCGGGUUCCCAGGGGCUUACCUAGGCGGGCCAAGACCCUGAUGCUGCUCCACAACUUCAUUGCCGAAAUUGGCCGUAACGACUUGUCCCUGCUGUACACCCUGACUGAGCUCAACCUCAGCUACAACAAGCUGACCAGCCCCAAGCUGCACCGCGAGGCCUUCAGGAAGAUGCGUGCACUGGAAACUCUGGAUCUAUCAGGGAACAACCUUCAUUCCUUCCCCAUGGGUCUUCCGCGCAGCCUGCAGGUGCUUGAAAUCAAGAACAACCAGCUGAACACCAUACCAGACGGUGCGCUGACGGGCAUGGAGAAGCUACGGAAGCUCAUCCUGAGUGAAAACCAGCUGAAACUGAAUUCAGUCUACCAGGGAGCCUGGAUGGAGCUCGGUGCUCUCACAACACUAGACCUAUCUGGCAACCAGCUGUCACACAUCCCUUCUGACCUGCCUGAGUCUCUGGAGUACAUUUACCUGCAGAGUAACCGCAUCUCCAGUGUUCCUGCUUCAGCAUUUGAAAACACUCCAAACAUCAAAGGCAUCUUCCUCCGGUUUAACCGCCUGUCUGUGGAUGCAGUGGAUGAGAGCUCUUUCGCACAUCUGUCCAACUUGCAAGUGCUGGACAUCGGCACAGGAAACACCGACCUCCCCUUUAAAAAAGAGGAGAUGGAGCAGGAAACAUAAAACGCACUAAACUGAACUGACAUUGGACUGCAUUGUGUAAAGGACAGAAAGGGCUUUUAAAUGGAAAUGAACCUGUGAAUGUCAUUUCCCAGGUCCAUUAUUGUAUUGAGUGGCAUAUUUCUGGUGCAGGAUACCGGAUGAAGUUACUUUAGUUUCCUUUUUUUGGGCUGGUUAGCAUAUCUUUAUAUCUGAGCUUUAAAUAUUUGUUUUGGACUGUUGUCAUGCAAAAUCUGUCAUC